GUACAUGAUAAAUGUAAAAGCUUGUAUUAAAAUAUCCCUAUGUAGUUGUGAAAAGUUACUGAAACAGUGCUAUUGGUAAGGAGACAGUAUCUGGAAAAAUUAACUGCUUCUGCUGCUUUCAGUGAGAAAAAUGUUAGAAACUCAACAAUUCACCAAUAAUUUGAUAUUUUUUUGGAAAUGCAAAAAUGUCUCGCAUACGCUAAAUAAUUUACUCUUUGUGCUAAUUUGCGAAUUUUUAAAAUGUCAAUGUCAGUCAUUGACAUUUUAGGUUAUAAACUUAUUUAUUGUUUUUAUAAGGAAGAUACACAAUUUUAUCAAUAAAUUUAGAUGGAUCCGAGUAAUCUAAAGCGAAAUCUAGUUUGUGUGUUAUUUCCUGGUAUCGUUAAAAAUGAAGAAAAAGCGGUACAGUGUUUGGGUGGUCCAAGAGGAAUAUCACAGGUGUAUUCUCAGCCUACAAAGAAACGUUUAGGUCUAAGCUUCCAACCUGACAAUCCUUUCGUAAAGAAAACAUUUGCUGAUUGCAAAAGAACUGCUGGGGUUCUACUUAAAAUUAAAGUAAAGAAGACCAAAGUGGAUGGUAAAGACACAAAACAAGUUGUGUCAACAACACUUCUAGGUUCUGUUAAGGUUAUGUAUAAAUUUGAAGCAAUGUGCGAUUUCCAAUAUUUACCUGUAACCAGUGAGGGAUUGCAAGAACCUAAAUGUAUAUUGGAAACUAUUUUACCAUCGGGUGUCGACACAUUUGAUUUUAUGGUAAAACCAUCACCAUUAUUUGUCGUACCUCCAAAUUUUACAAGGUUUGAUAAGCCAAUAAACUAUAAUUAUACAGAAAAAAGGUUCACUGUUAAAGAAAAGGAUGAAAAUCCUGACAACAUCCAUCGUAGAGCGCGGACUGAACGUGGUACACCACUAUUGCGGUACACUUUCAAUUUGGAUGAUAACUUAGCAACAGAAGCUCAUCCCUAUUAUAUAAAACAGUUAGAUAUAAAAAAACUUAUGUACCCACCACUACAACAGGAAUUUGAGACAGUUAAAAAGCUUUUUGAAGAAAGACCUAUAUGGUCAUUGAAUCUCAUCAAAUUCCAUACAAAAAUAAGGUUAUCUUCGCUGAAAUUAAUAAUGCCUUGUCUUGCGAUAUAUAUGAAGGACGGACCUUGGAGGAUGUUGUGGGUCAAAUUUGGCUAUGACCCCAGAAAAGAACCUUCUGCAAGAAUUUAUCAGACUUUAGAUUUCAGAUUAAGGCAUACAGCCGGCGUGCACUGCAUGGUGAUGACGCGCGACAAGGUGGUGCACUACAAGAAGGCGGUGCGCGUGCGCCAGCUGCGCAGCGAGCGCGAGGAGCCGCAGCCCUCCGAUGACGUCAGCGAGGGCGCCGUGCGCUUCCGCCCCGGCAUGGCGCCCUCGCAGCGACAAAUAUUCUAUCAGUACUGCGACGUGCAGCUGCCGGAGGUGGAGGCGAUCCUGGCGGUGCAGCCGGUGAGCAGCACGUGCCACGCGCGGCGCGGCUGGCUGCCGCCCGACACCGACCAGCUCUGCCGCGACCACAUCUUCCGAUACGUCAAGCAGACGCUGCUCGCCUCGCAUAACGCUGACUUGAGGCUGGAGCAAGGUAGUAUGGGGAGCAGUGACGAAGACUCGAGUUCAGAUGAGGAUGAAGGCAGCAUACCCGCUAACGAAACGGACGACAGCUCCACACUUAAUCAAUAAACUAAACAAUGUUA